UUGCAGUUGAAGUAGUCGAAACUAUAGAAAUAGGUGCAUCACAAUCAAGGGAAGCAGCCACGGUAGUCGAAACUACAGGAGCAGAUGCAACGGGUUCAGUCGAAACCACUGAGACGGUUGCAUAGGAAGCGGUCGGAACCGGAAAGGCAGUCGAAACCACCGGAACAGAUGCACGUGGGGCAGUCAAAUCCAAAGGCACAGAUGCCACUGAAACGGAUGCACGACGGUCAAGAAGCCGUUGGGCACGAGCGGCGGCUUGUGUGCGACUGACUGCUACGCGACGAAAAAGGAGGAAUGGCCGGCACAGUGUAAUCGAAAUGCAGUGUGCUGCCAACAACAGAGCCAUGAGGCAAGCGUGGCACUACAGAACCAGUAUUGUCAAAGCCAAUGUCUGCCCGAACAGCAGAAGGCUCAGCGGCGGUGGAGGUGAAGGGAAAAGUGGAAUCAGCAACACGUGGUUCCGGCGGGAAAACUUGGGACACACCACCAGUGGCUGCAAAAACAGAAGGCUGGGUACUCGAAAGGACAGAGGUGGAAGCCGAAGCUUCUGUU